AUGUUUAUAACACUUUUCAGAAUUGGUAAUUUGAUAUUGUUAGGGUCUGGAUUAGCUCGAUCUUUGGCUACAAAAUUACCCCCACAUAUAGUUAAAGCCGGUCAUUUACAAUUCAUUACCAAUUGUUCAUUAUUAACCACGGUGAUUUAUUUGAUUUCCACGUUUUUCCAUAUUUCUCCAUGGUUUUAUAAUUUAGCAUGCAAUUUAGAAUUCAAUGUUAUUGUAAGUUAUUGGACAAUGGCAUUAUUUUUUUCAUCUAUGGUUGCAGAAGCCGAUGUUGAUAGAGAUUUGUUUUUAGAUUUACAAGUACAUGCUUUCCCUUAUAUUUAUUUAAUUAUUGAUAAUCAACCAACAAUUGAUUUGAAAACUUCUUGGAUUUCAACGUUAACUUUUGUAUUCCUUUAUUGGGUUUAUAUUGAAUGGGAAUGUGGUAAACAUAUUCAUGAUGGGGUAAGUGGAUUUCCUUAUCCAUUCAUGAAAGGAUUGAACAGAAUUCAAAGAUUUGGAUGUAUUUCUGUAUUUGCAUCCAUUGCUUGUUUCAAUUAUUUUGUUUUAUCAUUAAGAAAUAUGUUUUAG